AUGCAUCUCAAUCUCAGCAAAAAUAAAUUAACAUCAUUGACACAAGAUUUUUAUCACAUACAAUCACCAGUACGACAUUUCGACUUUCGUAAAAAUCAAAUUACACAUAUAGAUCCAAGUUUAUUUUAUAUUGCACCAAAUGCCUUUCGAGAUGUUGGUGAAUAUUUGUUUUAUCUUUUUUUGAACGACAAUCAAAUAACAACAUUUGAAAAUGGAACUUUUUCGAGUUUACCAAAAUUAAAAAGGUUGGCAGUUAAACGUAACAAACUGAAGGAAAUUCAGGAUGGUGUCUUUGAUGGUCUUGGUGAAGUGGUUUAUCUUCACUUACAAGAAAAUGAAAUAACACAUAUUGGUCAACGUGCAUUUGCAAAUUUAUAUUGUUUAACUGAUCUUAAUCUCAGCAAAAAUAAAUUAACAACAUUAACACAAGAUUUUUAUCACUUACAAAUGCCAGAAAGAAAAUUGGACUUUUCUUGGAACCAGAUAGCACAUAUAGAACCAUAUUUAUUUGCUGAUGCUAUUAAAUCUUAUGUAAUUGAUUUGAGUCAUAAUAAUUUGUCAAUUAUUCACAACAAGGUGUUUUAUGCAAAUGCUGACAAGUUUGAAGUUAAUUUAACUUAUAAUGAUAUCAAAACUAUUGAACCAAAAGCAUUCUCGUGUUUAUCAUACAAAAUCUACCUUGAUGAUGGUGUUGGUCCUGAGCAAAGAAUGCGUGCCAAGAAAUCUAAAUUGGACAAUAGAUUAUUGUAUGCUUAUUGUGAUUCAGUACGAUUUGGAUUAAUUUUGGAUAAUGAAAAUAUAUCAUCAGUUGCACCAAAUGCCUUUCAAGAUGUUGGUGGAUUUGGUGGUGUUUCUUUGAAUGAUAAUCAACUAACGUCAUUUGAAAAUACAACUUUUUCGCAUUUCUCAAAUAUGUUUUGGUUGGCAGUUAAACGCAACAAACUACAGGAAAUACAAGAUGGUCUCUUUGAUGGCCUUGUUCACUUGAGAUACCUCUACUUACAAGAGAAUGAAAUAACACAUAUUGGUCAACGUGCAUUUAAGGAUUUAAAAAUUAUUCGUUCCAUGGUCUUUCAUUCAUACGCUUACAAAUUUGAGCUUGAUUUAAAUGACAAUAAUAUUGAAUCUGUUGAACCAGAUGCAAUGCGGCCUUCAUCAUCGUGUACAUUACACAGUACUUUUUAUAUUUACCAAACAUUCUUUGCAAAAUAUUGUCGUGCAUGGUCAUAG